GCAUGUCAAGGGAAAAUCACAGCACCAUAUAUGAGUUCAUACUUUUGGGCUUCACUGACUCACCAGAGCUGAAAAUCUUGCUUUUCCUAUUCUUCCUUGUAGUCUACCUCAUCACCAUUGUGGGGAAUCUUGGGAUGAUCCUAUUAAUCAGGAUCGAUUCUCGACUUCACACCCCCAUGUACUUCUUCCUCAGCCAGCUGUCCUUCGUGGACCUCUGCUAUUCUUCUGUUGUCACCCCUAAGAUGUUGAUGGAUUUUGUCGUAAAAAGCAAAAGCAUUUCCUUGCCUGGAUGUGCAGCACAGAUGGCUAUGUUUUGUCUCUUUGUGGCCACUGAGUGUUUCAUCUUGGCAGCCAUGGCUUAUGAUCGGUACGUAGCUAUUUCCAAGCCUCUUCUCUAUACAGUCAUUAUGUCAAAGAAAAUUUGUGCCCAGCUGAUGGUUGGACCAUAUCUCGCAGGGCUACUAAAUGCUACAACACAUACCAGCUUAACUUUCCAGUUAACUUUCUGCAAGUCCACAAUCAACCAUUUCUUCUGUGACAUCCCUGCAGUCAUAUCGCUCUCCUGCUCUGACACAAGUUUCAACUUGAUGGUGCUUUUUGGUCUCUCCUUCAU